AUGAAGACUACCACCUACAGUUUGCUCGCUCUGGCAGCGGCUUCCAAGCUGGCCUCCGCCCACACCACCGUCCAGGCCGUCUGGAUCAACGGCGAGGACCAGGGUCUCGGUAACACCGACGAUGGCUACAUCCGCUCUCCCCCCAGCAACAGCCCCGUCACCGACGUCACCUCCACCGACAUGACCUGCAACGUCAACGGUGACCAGGCUGCCUCCAAGACCCUCUCCGUCAAGGCCGGUGACGUUGUCACCUUCGAGUGGCACCACAGCGACCGCUCCGCCUCCGACGACAUCAUCGCCUCCUCCCACAAGGGUCCCGUCCAGGUCUACAUGGCCCCGACGGCCAAGGGCUCCAACGGCAACAACUGGGUCAAGAUCGCUGAGGACGGAUACCACAAGAGCUCCGAUGAGUGGGCCACCGACAUCCUGAUCGCCAACAAGGGCAAGCACAACAUCACCGUUCCCGACGUCCCCGCCGGUAACUACCUCUUCCGCCCUGAGAUCAUCGCCCUCCACGAGGGUAACCGCGAGGGUGGUGCCCAGUUCUACAUGGAGUGUGUCCAGUUCAAGGUCACCUCCGACGGCUCCAACGAGCUUCCCUCCGGUGUCUCCAUCCCCGGUGUCUACACCGCCACUGACCCCGGCAUCCUCUUCGACAUCUACAACUCCUUCGACAGCUACCCCAUCCCCGGCCCGGAUGUCUGGGAUGGCUCCAGCUCUGGCUCCUCCAGCUCCGGAUCCUCUUCCGUUGCUGUCUCCUCGGCUGCUGCUGCUACCACCUCUGCCGUCGCUGCCACCACUCCCGCCACCCAGGCUGCCGUUGAGGUCUCUUCCUCUGUUGCUGCUGCUACCACCGAAGCUGCCGCUCCCGUCGUCAGCUCUGCUGCCCCCGUCCAGCAGGCCACCUCCGCUGUGACCAGCCAGGCCCAGGCCGCCCCCACCACCUUCGCCACCUCUUCCAAGAAGUCCUCUAAGACUGCCUGCAAGAACAAGACCAAGUCCAACUCCCAGGUUGCUGCUGCUACCUCCAGCGUCGUUGCCCCCGCUGCUACUUCUAGCGUCGUCCCCGUUGUCAGUGCCAGCGCUAGCGCUUCCGCCGGCGGUGUUGCUAAGCAGUACGAGCGCUGCGGUGGUAUCAACCACACUGGCCCUACUACUUGCGAGAGCGGCUCUGUCUGCAAGAAGUGGAACCCUUACUACUACCAGUGCGUCGCAUCCCAGUAA